UCACAAUCACUUUAGUUCCCAUAAAUACGGUGACUAGCUGCUCAAUGGAUAUCAGUAUCUCAUACAACGACCAAGUGAACAUUUCAAUCGGUGAACAUACAACACAAAACUCAAAAAAAUGGCCGCUAAGUUGAUCAUCUUCGCCGCUUGCGUGGCUUCUGCUCUCUCUCAAUACGGCGCUCCCGCCUACAAGCCAGCCUACUCCGCCCCGGCUUACCCAGCACCAAAGGCUUACGCACCGGAACCCGAAUACGCACCAGCCCCGUACAGCUUCGAAUACAGCGUAAACGACCCAAGCACCUACGACGUCAAGAGCCAAGCCGAAUACAGCGACGGCAAAACCGUCAAGGGAUACUACAGCUUGGUCGAAGCCGACGGCACCAAGAGGAUCGUCGAAUACACCGCUGACGACUACGGUUUCAACGCCGAAGUCAAGAAGGAAGGAACCCCGUCUUACAGCUCUGCCCCGGCUUACAGCAAGCCAUCUUACUCCGCUCCGUCUUACUCUGCCCCGGCUUACAAAGCCGCCUACCCCGCACCAGCCCCGGCUUACCCAGCGCCGUCCGCCUACCCAGCACCGUCUUACCCAUCACCCUCGUACGCCGCCCCGGCUUACAAACCAGCCCCAUACAAGGCAUACUAAGUGACAUAAUAAUUCAUUCACUUUCGUAAGGAAGACAUUGUAAAUUGUUGUGUUUGACUUCUUGUUAUCUGACAAACAACAGUCAACUAUGUAUCAUAAAUUAAAAAUAUAUUAUUUAAUUUAAUAUGUAUAUAUUAUAUUGAAUAAAGUUGUAUUUAUUUGCUCAAA